CAGAGACUCCCUGGGAGCUGCUACUGAAAGCUGAACCAGGAACCAGGAAAUGCACAAGUCUUUCUGAGGCAAAACAGCUGGGCUCCCUGGGAGACAAAGCACCAUGGGAAACCUGCUCGGCUGCGGGGGAAGCUGGAGCUGUCCAUCAACGUUCCAGAGGAAAAAGAAAAUGGGGAGCCAAGCAAGACGGACACUGAAGCAACAGCAGCAGAAGCAGCAGCAGCAGUGGCAACACAAUGGUGCAAAGGGCCAUGACACAACAGGACAUACCUAUGAGCAGGUGUUAAAGCAGCCUACGGCUCAGGACAGAAGUCAAGGCCUCAGGUUGGAGGAGAGCAGCUUACAUUAUGCAGACAUUCAACUGUUCAGCCUUACCCAGCCACGCUCUGCCCAGGAGGUGAAGCACCUACAGCUAGAAAAUGCUACGGAGUAUGCGACCCUUUGCUUCCCCCAGGCCACACCCCGCUACGACAGCAAGAAUGGGACCCUAGUGUGAGCUCUGCGGAGGAGGGACCUGUUUGCAUCAUUUCACCACUAUGGCUGUGGGGAGAAUCUACUGCUUUGGGGGACUGGCUGGCAGCCUAGGGGUGGUGGACGUGUUUUAGGCUUAAGGAACUCCAGAGCCCCUGAAAUUGUGCGUGGCCCCAGUCUUGCACUCUCCCUAGGCCUAUCUCUUACUUGCCACCAUUACCUUGGAGUUGCAUUUGAGUUACCUGGGGGUGGAUGGAGUUCUACAAAAUGAGGGGGCUAGGUUGAAUGUGCAAGAAGGUAGGGUACCUCUGCUCCUAUUCUCAAGAAAAGUGCAGAAAAACAAGUUACCCUUGAAGCAUUUGCAUUUGAGGUGAUUUUGUUGGAGUUAAUUUGAUGGUCUCCCUUCUACACACCUUAAACUCCAAAGCUGAAGAAGAAGAGGGGAUCUGGAAAGCAUUCAGAACUCUCGUACACAGUUUCUAGGGCUGGCUUGGGCAAUUUCCUCUGUGGCUUGGUUAAGGGUCCCAGACCUACACAAACAAAUGAGAGCAGGGGCUGAGGCAUGGAGGAAGCAGGUUUUUUGUUUGUGUUUUUUGUUUGUUUUGUUUUUUUAAAAUAAAUUUUAUUGAGGUAUAAUUGACAUAAAAUAAACUGCAUAUAUUUAAAGUGUACAAUUUGAUUUUUUUUCUUAUUGGUAAUGUAUAUAUGGCAAUUCCAAUCUCCCAAUUCACCCCCCACCCCCACCCCACCCCACCCCCUUUCCCCCCUUGGUGUCCAUAUUUUUGUUCUCUACAUCUGUGUCUCUAUUUCUGCCUUGCAAAUCGGUUGAUCUGUACCAUUUUUCUGUAUUCGAGCAAGCGUUUUCUGACCAUCGAUUACAAGGACGUCAAGUCACUGAUGUUGACAGCACUGCUAGGCCCAGAAACUCCCCUUAGCUGGACUGUUUUCUUUCGCGGGUGCAGAGCCCUUAGGAUCAAUAAAUCGCAUAAGGAACAUGCCUGGUGCGUUUUCUUCGGUGGAGGUCUGCGGACUCUACGAAGCACAGCGGGUCUCGCUCACCCUCAGGGCAGCGGGGAGGGCCAGCCUCUUCCGCCGCACUAUCCGCUGCGGCAGAAGCAGAGCCGGGUGCGCGUUACACGGACUUGGAGG